GAGCCCUAUGAUUGGCUCAUUCUCCUGGCCGCUUCUCUUUUCAGAGCGCAGUUCUCUAUUAUAGACAAUGAAAUGUGCCAAUCCUAGAGCGAGAGAAAGAUGCGGAAGUAGGCGGGAUUGGGGAAUACAUGCUGACAAUAGAAACUGAUAAUACGUGGAAAUGAAGUGUUUCUUAAGAAGCGUUGAUGGGAAGCACGGCCCCAUAGCCCUACCUGAAGGCAAAGGGGUCACUAUAGGAAGAGGCCCAGAAACACUCAUAACAGACAGGAAGUGUUCUAAGACUCAAGUGGAACUUGUGGCUAAUCUGGAGAGCAGAGCGGUCCGUGUAACCCAGUUGGGUGCAAACCCUUGCUCAGUUGGAGAGGCAUUGCUGAAGAAGGGGGAGAGCAUAUUAAUGAAAGAAGAUCAGAUUCUCUUUAUGGUAAACGGUCUACAUCCAUAUACUGUGCUCUUCAAGGAAGAUAGUUCUAAACCUGCAGGUGACGCUGGAAAAAUCGAUAAAAAAUCACCAAAGACCACCAUAACUGCACCCCCUUCCAUAUCAUCAAAGAAGACGAUAGUAGAUUUCUUUGGGGCCUCCACAUCCAAAGGACACAAGAGGCGUGUACAGGAUGAUAACACACUCGCAGGCUCAAGCAAUAAGAAGCCAAAGUACCAGGACACCAAAGCUGAGGCUGGACAAGAGUGGGAUGACUCGGAAGAGGAGGAAAUAGCACGGAAACUGGCUCAUUUGCAGGAAACAGCAGCUAAGGCAAACUCAAACCCAUCCCAGACUUCUUCAAAUGACGAGAGAGGAGUUGUCUGUAGCAAAGAUUCCUGGGAAGAACACGGGAAGCUUCUGCUGUUUAACAAGAAAGGGAUUCAGGCCAGUUCUAAGAUUGCUGGAUUUGAUAUUGAUGGCACAAUUAUAACCACAAAGUCAGGACGAGUCUUCCCCUUAAAUGCUGACGACUGGAAAAUUUUAUAUCCAGAGGUUCCCAGGAAAUUAAAAGAGCUUCUAGCCAAUGGUUAUAAGGUUAUCUUCAUCACCAACCAGAUGGGAAUCAGCCGCGGUAAGCUGCAGCCUGAAGUUUUCAAAGCCAAAGUGGAAGCCAUUUUGGAUCAUUUGGGGAUUCCCGUGCAGGUCUUUGUGGCUACUGGGAUGGGAAUAUACCGCAAACCCGUGACUGGAAUGUGGGACCAUUUGUGUGAGAAGGCCAAUGAUGGGAUUGAAGUGAAGAAGGAAGACUGCCUCUAUGUUGGAGAUGCUGCUGGGCGGCCAGCAAAUUGGGCCCCUGAUCGUAAGAAGAAAGACUUUUCUUGCAGUGACCGCCUGUUUGCUCUAAAUAUUGGCAUAAAGUUCUUCACGCCAGAGGAGUUUUUUCUUGGAUGGAAAAAGGCUGCUUUUAAUUUCCCCGUCUUUGAUCCAAGGAAUGUGAAUCCCAGUGGGCAGUUAUAUGAACCCCCCUCCGCAUCGCUAGUCUCUCCCUCCCCAGAAGUGGUGGUGGCCGUGGGCUUUCCUGGAGCUGGAAAAUCCACUUUCUUUAAAGAGCAUUUGGUGCCAAAAGGUUAUGAUUACGCCAACCGGGACACACUGGGAUCGUGGCAGAAGUGUGUGGCAGCCUGUGAAGAUGCACUGAAGAAAGGAAAGCGUAUUGUCAUAGACAACACCAACCCUGACUUGGAGUCUCGCAGCAGGUACAUAGACUGCGCUCGGAAAGCCGGGUUGCCAGCAAGGUGCUUCCUCUUCACAGCCACCAUUGAAGAAGCAAAACACAACAACCGAUUCCGGGAGAUGACUUGCAAAGGUCAUGUUUCUGUUAAUGACAUGGUUAUCAAUAGCUACAGGAGCAAGUUUGUCGAGCCGUCUACCAGCGAAGGCUUCAGUGAAAUUCUAAAAAUACAUUUUGUGCCCAUUUUUAAAGAUCCAAAGCUACAGGCUUUGUACCAGCAGUUCUCAGAAUAAGUUCUUAGUUCAGCACCCGUGCAAGGCACGCAGGGAUCAGGCAACUAAUCUACACGAUCAAAGCUUCUGCCACAAAGGUUUGCCUUUGUAUUCUUUCAAUACAGAGAAGUAGAUCAGAAUACGCUCAUUCUCCAUCUGUAUUCGUAAACCAGACCCAAUGUUGCAUUCCGUACCAAUAUGUUAUAGUCUAUUUUGACCAGUAGGUGGUGCUGCUGUUUAUUUUUGCUAUAUUUACAUAUUUUUGCAUAUUAUACACUGUUCUUAUAUAAAAGAAUAAAACUGUCCCAACA